AUGAGCAAGCUGCUCACAAAUCUGCCUGGAGCUGCAGUCUUGAGUGCCCAGGUGCACAGUGCUGUGCUCCAGGGCCUUUGGGAAAAGAAUGUCAGUGGGAAGCCAGGGCGCACAAGGGUCUGUACAGCCCUGCUGCAUGACCAGGUCUGCCCCUUCCACGACAGCACUGAUGGCUUGGGCACCAUCAGCUCCACUUUGUUCAACCGGCCCCCUGAAAACACUUCAGUUUGCUAUCAGCCCCCACAACGAUCACCUUUCUGGAUAAAGCUGGCCUUCAGGAACUUCGCCUGGCCUGGAUUGGGAUUGGAGGACCAUCAGGAAAUUGUCCUAGGCCAGUUGGUGCUUCCGGAGCCCAAGGAGGCCAAGCCAGAUGAUCCUGCUCCACCUCCUGGGCAACACGCACGAACAAUGCCAGCCCUGGAGCCAGCACCACCACUGCUGGCGGACCUGGGGCCUGCUCUGGAGCCAGAGUCACGUGCAGCCCUGGGUGCGCCAGGAUAUCUACAUUCAGCACCAGGGCCAGCACCAGCACCAGGGGAAGGGCCCCCACCAGGGGAAGGGCCCCCACCAGGGACAGUGCUGGAGCCACACUCAGCUCCAGAGUCCCCCUGUCCCUGUUCCAGGACUGUAAAGAACCAGCCCAGUGAGGAGCUGCCUAACAUCACGACCUUCCCUCCCAGGCUGCUGGCAGAGCAGCUGACCCUCAUGGAUGUGGAGCUGUUCAAGAAGGUGGUGCUCUACGAAUGCUUGGGCUCCAUCUGGGGCCAACGACAUAAGAAGGGGAAUAAGCACGUGGCACCCACAGUUCGUGCCACCAUCGCACACGUCAACAGGCUCACCAACUGUGUCACCACCUCCUGCCUCGGGGACCACAGCAUGAGGGCCCUGGACAGGGCCAGGGUGGUAGAGCACUGGAUCAAGGUGGCCAGGGAGUGCCUAAGCCUCAACAACUUCUCCUUGGUGCACGCCAUCGUCUCUGCUCUGCGCAGCAACCCAAUACAUUGGAUACACAAGAUGUGGGCAGGAGUGUCCAGCAAAAGCAUGAAAGAUCUAAAAGAACUCUGCAAAAAAGACACUGCGGUGAAGAGGGACCUACUGAUCAAGGCAGGGAGCUUUAAGGUGGCCACCCAGGAGAGAAACCCCCAGAGAGCCCGGAUGAGGCUGUGGAGGCAGAAGAAGGGUGUGGUCCCCUUCCUGGGGGAUUUUCUGAUGGAGUUACACAGGUUGGAUUCGGCCAUCCCGGACGAUCUGGAUGGCAACACCAACAAGAGGAGGAAGGAGGUCCGAGUUCUGCAGGAAAUGCAGCUGCUCCAAGUGGCUGCCAUGAAUUACAGGCUUUGGUCUCUUGAGAAAUUUGUCACCUAUUUCCCAAGAAUGGAUCAGCUCAGUGACAAGGAGAGCUACAAGCUGUCCUGCCAGCUGGAGCCCGAAUCCCAGUAG